AAUGGCGUCGCUGUCGAUCAGGUGCUGAGAAACAUUAACGCCGAGUGCUUCAAACAGACAUAUGUUACGAAUUUAAACACAUAGCUCAAGAAUGAAGGUGGUAAAUCUGAAGCAAGCCAUUCUGCAGGCUUGGAAGGAGCGCUGGAGUGACUACCAGUGGGCUGUUAAUAUCAAGAAGAACUUUCCAAAGGGAGCAACGUGGGAGUAUCUUAACCUCGCAGAAGCGUUAAUGGAACAGGCGUUGAUUGGUCCAUCUCCUAACCCACUUAUAUUGUCUUAUCUGAAAUAUGCCAUAAGUUCACAGAUGGUGUCUUAUUCGAGCGUGCUCGUACCCAUUAGCAAGUUUGAUGACUUUUCAAGGGAUCUGUGCGUUAAGUCUCUCCUGGAGCUCAUGGACAUGUUUUGCCAUCGUCUCACCUGCCACGGGAAAGCCGAGGAAUGCAUCGGGCUGUGUCGCGCUCUGCUCGGGGUGGUGGUGUGGCUGCUGCAGGGCUGCGCUUGCUACUGCGAGAGGCUGAGGGAACCGGGUCCGUUGAGCGGCACCGAGGCCUGUCUGGCAGAGUGCCGGGAGAGGCUGCACAAACUCAUGAGCAGCACCAAGAACAGAGCCCUGGUGCACAUCGCUCGGCUGGAAGAUCAAGGGUCCUGGAGUAAUGUAGAGCAAGCUAUUCUUAAAGUGAGCGAUGGCCUCGGCUAUAUAUCUAACCCAACGUUGCGGACUCAAUUAGAGGAAAGCUUGUCACUGGUGAAAGGCAUCCCACAGAUGCUGUCUGUGCAGUGUGACCCACUGCUGCACGCCUCCUUCCCGUCAAUCCACGCAUUCAUCAUGCUCGAAGGCACCAUGAAUUUGACAGGGGAGACGCAGCCGAUGGUUGAGCAGCUGAUGAUGAUCAAGAGAAUGCAGAGAAUCCCGACUCCCUUCUUUGUGAUGGAGCUCUGGAAGGCUUGUUUUACCGGUCUCAUCGAGUCACCAGAGGGCACCGAGGAGCUCAAAUGGACUGCCUUCACAUUCCUCAAGAUUCCACAAGUUCUGCUCCGGCUGAAGAAGUACCCUCAGGGUGACAAAGGACAGGACUUUACGGAGGAUGUGAAUGUUGCCUUUCAGUACCUACUCAAACUGACACCACUGCUGGACAAAGCUGAUCAAAGAUGCAACUGUGACUGCCUGGGCAUGCUGCUACAGGAGUGUAACAAGCUCGGCCUACUGUCUGACUCAAACGCAGAGGUCCUCACGUCGAAACGGAAGUUCUCCCCAAAACUAAAAACCGCGGAAAAUGCAAAUAUCCAACCAAACCCUGGCCUCAUCCUCCGAGCUGAACCCACCGUGACCAAUAUUCUCAAGACAGUAGAUGCCGACCACUCCAAGUCUCCGGAGGGCCUUUUGGGCGUCCUUGGUCACAUGUUGUCCGGGAAGAGCUUGGAUCUGCUCCUGGCGGCUGCAGCUGCCACAGGGAAACUCAAGUCAUUUGCCCGCAAGUUCAUCAAGCUUAAUGAGUUUCCCAAGCACAUCAGUGGUGAAGGAUCUAAGUCUGCAUCCGUUCGGGCCCUGCUCUUCGACAUCUCCUUCCUGAUGCUUUGCCAUGUAGUGCAGACAUACGGCUCUGAGGUUGUCCUUUCUGACCCCAGCCCCUCAGGGGAGACACCCUUUUUUGAAACAUGGCUACAAACGUGUAUGCCUGAAGAGGGGAAGAUUCUGAACCCGGAUCACCCCUGCUUCAGGCCCGAGCCCGGGAAAGUAGAGAGUCUGGUGACCCUGUUGAACAAUUCCUCAGAGAUGAAGCUAGUUCAAGUGAAAUGGCAUGAAAUCUGCCUCAGCACCCCGGCGGCGAUUUUGGAAGUUCUGAACGCAUGGGAGAACGGCGUGCUGUCUGUGGAGGCAGUACAGAAGAUCACUGACAACAUCAAGGGCAAAGUGUGCAGUAUGGCGAUCUGCGCGGUGGCGUGGCUGGUGGCCCACGUCAGGAUGUUGGGGCGGGAUGAGAGGGAGAAGCCGCAGACCAUGAUCCGGCAGCUCGUCACUCCGCUCUAUGGCGAGAACACGCUACAGUUUUACAGCGAACGUGUGAUAAUAAUGAGCUCCAUCAUGGAGCACAUGUGUGCCGACGUCUUCCAACAAACGGCGGCGACUCUGCGGCCGCCCAUGGAGGGCCAGGAGCCCAUCCCCUAUCGCAACCUGUUACCGGCCAAGGAGCCCAUCCAGGCCGCCCUCACCAAGCAGUUCCAGGUGGUGUUGCGCAAAGGCUGGGUGGACAGCCGAGCGCUACAUCUGUUCCAGAGUCUGCUCAACAUGGGAGGCGUCUUCUGGUUCACCAAUAAUUUGGUCAAGGAGCUGCUCAAGGAAACCCGGCAGGAGUGGGCUCAUCGAGUAGUGGAGUUGCUUUACAGCAUCUUCUGUCUGGACAGUCACCAGAUCACCCUGACCUUGCUGGGCACCAUAGUGCCCAGCCUGCUCACUGACUCAGCCCACUGGCACAGCCUGGUAGACCCACCUGGCAAAGCGCUGGCCAAGUUGUCCGUGUGGUGCGCACUAAGCUCCUACUCGUCCCACCACAAAGGCUCCUGCUCGGCUCAUCAACGAAGAAGACAGCGAGAAGAUAUCGAGGACUACAGCAGCCUAUUUCCUUUGGAUGACACUCAACCCUCCAAACUAAUGCGCCUCCUCAGCUCCAAUGAGGAUGAGCCUGUUGCACUUUCCAGUCCAGGAGACCGAUCUAUGAGCAGCUCCCUGUCUGCCUCCCAGCUCCACACUGUCAACAUGAGAGACCCACUCAACCGCAUCCUGGCCAACCUUUUCCUUCUCAUUUCCUCCAUCUUGGGCUCCAAGAUGGCGGGGCCUCACACCCAGUUUGUACAUAGCUUCAUGGAGGAGUGUGUUGAAUGCCUGGAGCAGGGAAGUCGUGGAAGCAUCCUGCAGUUCAUGCCGUUUACAAUGGUCUCUGAGCUGGUGAAGCUGCCCGCUCUGGCCAAACCCAAAGUGGUCCUGGCCGUCACCGACUUGACUCUGCCCCUGGGGAGGAGAGUGGCGGCUAAAGCCAUCGCUGCCUUGUAACCACUUGAGGUUCAUACACAAAACGUUAGGGAUAUUUGGCUUACAGUGGAAAUUUCAGGAUAAGCCUAAAAUGCUCUUUAACCUUUAUAGGUGAACUUAAUUUGGUCUUCUCUAAAUUUUCGAAUGUACAUGUCCAACGUUUCAGGACUUUUUGAACAGGUUGCUGCUCUCUAAGAAGGAGCAAAAUUCCCAACAGGAGUUUGAUCCAUUGAAACCUUCAAGGACAUCCACUUCUACGCCUUACUGUGAGACUUCCAGUCUUUAUUUGACAAACUGCUGGUGACACUGUGACCCUCUAAGCUUAGUGGCCACUUUGAGGUACCGUUGAAGAAAUAUUAGUUGCCAUCUUAGUCUCAUUAUGUCAAAAUGUGAACAGAUGACGAGAACCGUUUAAUUUAAUAGCAAUUCUAAUUGAAGCGGUAUAUGUUAUCGGUCCGUUCAUCAAACACCUGUUGUGAAUUUUGCAGUUCCGCACCUUGUUAGAGAAGGUCAAAUUUAGUGCACUUGUUAAGGUUAAAGUGCAUUUUAGGAUCUUGGAGAAAAUUAAACCGAAACCUGAAUAUUCCUAACUUUUUGUGAGGAGUGUAUAUUUUGAAUUAGUGAGCAAAGCGAUCCAAUCAGCCUCAACAUGAUUUGACACUUUGCUUUUAAAAUGUCAUUUGUGUGUUUGUAAACAUUUGCUACAUUUUGAUAUCCCAUCAAGAUUAAAAAGAAAGUUUCUCAUCUGGUUCCUAAUGCCAUACAUUAUUGAAUGUUUGCAUCAUCUCAGAGUCACAUGUUUAGAGACGUCAGCACAUGACUGUGAGGGAGCCUUUUCAUCACCCCAAGUGACGUCUGCGGUCACCGGCAGUCAUCCCACCGCUUGCAACACUUCCUCUCGGAAGGCUGCAAGAGUCGUAAGGCACGAACCUCCUUCCCUGUUGUUCCCACAAGUUAA